AUGGAGGCUCAAGAUGAAGAUCCCAAGGCAAUGGAGGCCAAGAUUGGUUCAAUCUGCAAGCUUGGUGGGGUGAAGACCGACAUCAAGGAGAGCAAGUGUGGGAGGUGCUAUGUUGUGGCCCAAUUUAUACAAGGUGAGUCAAAAUCCUUGGUGGAUACCGGUGCCACAAACAACUUCCUUCGCAUCGAGGAGGGAAACCGGUUGGGUAUUGCCUACAAGAAGGGGCAAGUGUGGCUCAAGACGAUCAAUUCAGAGUCCAUCCUGAUCCAUGGAGUUGCGCAUAACGUGCCAGUGAAGCUUGGUGAGUGGGAAGGCAUCAUCAACUUCUCCGUCGUCACAAUGGGCGAUGACCGUGUCAUCCUCGGCAUCAACUUUCUUGACAAAGAGGGAGUGCUCUUUAAGCCCAACUCCAAUACGAUGUGCUUGGAGAAGGAAGGGGAGUUCCAUGCGGUCAAUCUCUUGAGAGAGGAUGGACCCCAUAGUUCUUUAUCCGCCAUGCAUGUCAUGAAGGGGUUUAAGAAGAAGGAGCCAACGUUUCUUGUGUCCUUGAAAAUGGAGGAAGAAGGAGGCUCGAUGGUAAUCACGACUCCCAUCAUCGAAGGUGUGCUUGAAGAGUUCGAUGAUGUGAUGUCAUCGAAGUUGCCACCAAUAAGAGAGGUGGACCACAAGAUCAAGUUGGGGCCAGGAGCCAAGCCCCCUUUGUGA